AUGAACAGCAACAGCUGGGAAAAGUGCUUCCGGCUGGGACAAAGCACCGGUGCUUUUAUGGAAGGGAAAGAGUGGGACGAGAGGAGAGGUGGAGAAAGGGAAGAGGAGGACAAGAACACGUGCCUCUAUAGCGUGCUCCUCGGUUCAGCGUGGGAGAUCGGACUGCUUGAGAGCGUGAGCACCGCAUCUUUAGAUCCAAGCGGGACAUUGCCCACGCUUGAAGGAAUACAGGGCAGAACAGAAAAAGUUUCUUUGUUCUGUUUACCCAGCGACGGCGUGCUGCGCGAGAAAUGGAAGCGCUUAAUUCCAAGGCAAGAAACGGGUGACUUUUGCUUCGACUCUAAGUAUGUGAGAGUGUGCGAGAAGCAUUUCGAUGACAGCGACAUCAUCCGCGCAGAUGAAUUUGUGGUGAAUGGCGAAAAAGUGUCACUUCCGCGCGACAAGCCCCUUCUGAAGCCUUGUGCCAUUCCAAGGAAGUUUGACGGCUUGCCAGCGUAUUUGACGAAGCCGAAGCAGCGGUCACGGACCCUGACAAGAAGGUCCCCAGCGAAGCGACGUCGUGAGUCGUCCUCAUGUGCCCGUAAAACAGAAGUUCACGCCAAACCAGGCACAUCGGGUGCCGCGUCGUGUGAUGAAGAUCUUGCACUGCCCACAGAUCUUGUCGGCGAGGGGCCAACGCGCACUUCGGACUCGGCGUGCCAGACAGAUGAAUUUACCAGCCCUCUCGCCGAGGUUAAACUGCUGAAGUGCCAACUUCGGGCAACGAAACAACAGCUGAUUUUGUGUCACACGAAAUUGGCCAAGAUGAGAGUGCAAGCGAGCAAGCACAAAAAACUUGAAGAAAGCCUUCAAAAAAUGUCAACCCGCACGAAGUUGAUUUUUGAUCAGGGCGUGAUGAAAGCGAAUGAAGUGACGCUGCUGCAGCUGUUGCCCAUGUCGCCGCUGGAAGCGUCACCUGAAACCACCCUCGCCUGA